AUGUCUCGUCCACACGUAUUCUUCGAUAUUACCAUUGGCGGAGAUCCAUCUGGUCGUAUCGUUAUGGAGUUGUUCAGCGAUGUAGUGCCGAAAACAGCAGAAAAUUUCCGUGCAUUAUGCACGGGUGAAGAAGGCUAUGGUAUAUUGGGAAAGGUUCUUUAUUACAAAGGUUCGAAAUUCCAUCGAGUCAUCCCAAAUUUCAUGUGCCAGGGUGGUGAUUUCAUACGCGGAAAUGGUACAGGAGGUGAAUCUAUUUAUGGUUUAACGUUUGAAGAUGAAAACUUCAAAGAGAAGCACACUGGACCUGGCGUGCUAUCCAUGGCAAAUGCUGGUCCAGAUACGAAUGGAUCUCAGUUCUUCUUAUGCACUGUGAAGACGGACUGGUUGGAUGGUAAGCAUGUUGUAUUCGGCCGAGUUAUCGAAGGAAUGGAUGUCGUACGGAAGAUUGAAGCAGUGGGUUCACAAAGCGGUAAGACAUCGAAGGAUGUAGUAAUUGCAGAUUGUGGACAAUUGUAG